AUGAAACCAGUAACAUGUUGCAACCAAAAGAAUAACAUAAUGCCAUCCUUAGUCCCCGUUUGCUGUUCAGAAAAGAAAAUAGAAUCCGAUGCUAAGAAAUCAAUAUCGAAAUGCUGUGGAGACAAAGAAAUCUACGAUAGCGAGAAUAGACCGAUCACUAAAGAGGAUGGGUCAUGGAUACCUGGAAGCUGCAAGCAAUGUAGAUCAGACCCCCAUAGUAGGAAUUUUUGUCAAUCACUUUCGAAUAAAUGUAGUUCAAGCUCUUUCUCUUCCAACAGUGCGUUGUCACCGGAUCUAAAUGAACAACAAACUGACGUAAAUUACAAUUCAAUCAAGCUACCCGAAAUAUGUUCCUGCAAGAAUGCACAAAUGAAUGCGGCUUCCGAUGCAAAGAGGUAUCUGCCGAUCAGUUACACAUAUCAAAAAAUCCGUCAACAUAUGCAAAAAAAUAAAAGUAUCCAAGAACAACUAAAUCCUGAGGAUUCAACUUCGAUCUCAUCAGCGUUAGAGAACAUUGCAUCUGGAUUGCACGUUCGUGGACAGAAAGUAGAAUUGCAAAGCAUCAAGGAUGCAUUACAUAAGAUGGACAAAAACGUCUUGGAAUGA